CAUUGUAUUUCAUAACAGCAGCGAGGCUGUUUUCCUUUUGCAUUUUUCCGGUAAAUAACUAAAAUAUUCAAUUAAGAUGAACCUGGGUAGGCUGCUAACCCCACUGAGGAGCAGCACAUGGUCGGUGCGCAGCUAUGGGAAGCACAACAAGAAGUUCCUCUACAAAGAUGGCCAGAAAUUCGAAGGAAUCACCUACUAUCCCAGGACUCCAGAUCACCAGGAUCCCCCCGUGGAGCCGGCAAAACUUUUCCGGGUGCAGCGCAUCAAGCCGGUGAAGGGCAAUCCCUAUUGGGAGAAGAGAAUUCUCAAAGAUCUGGGGCUCGAUGGCAAGCAGAGCGACUUCACGGUGGUCAAGAACAUCCCCGAGAACAACGCCCGCCUGUGGAAGAUCAAGCACCUGGUCAAGGUCACCCCGGUGACAUUUCCCUAUGGCGAACCCACUGCCCAGGAUGUCCGGCACACGAUACUCAAGGAGAAUGGCGAGUGUCUGGUCACCAAGGAUCUGGGACCCAUCGAAAGCCGCCUGGAAGCUCGACAGGAUUACGAUGAGCAGCCCAAGCGACUUGAUACCGAUCUGCUGCGCAAAGAUGCCCGCCUCAAGUGGCUGAAUCCCUGGUAGUUAAAUGACCUGUUCACUUUAUUCCUUAAAAUAUUUUCAAAAAAUACAAAACCAUCAUAUGUGUAAAAGACA